AAGGCAAACUGCAUUCGUCUAUCCGAUGGAGCAGAGAGGGAGAAAGACCACCCGUAGAUCCAGGACCUUUUCCAGAUCUCGGGUAGCCGUUCAGGGGAGGUCGCUCCGACUUCUUCCUUCUUUCCUUUCACCGCUCAAUUUAAAAUUUGAUCACCGUUUCCUCGCACGCUCAACGUCGUCUGGAACCUCCAAUGGCUGCCACUGGGAAAGCACCUGAGAUUCAGAAUAGCUGCAGCACCAACAGUUCUGCAGAUUCGACUGGGGAGCUUAUGAUGGGCGACUCCAAAGCUGCUGAUCUGGACAAGGAAGAACGUCCGGAAAAGACAGAGAUGCAGGAUGUGGAAGAGGGGAAAGAAACCAAAGUAUCUAGUUUAAACCUUGGUGGUCAUCAGUCUUCAUAUCAACAUGAAAUUUCAGAGUUCCGCCGUAGACAAAUAUCACAUAGCCAUCAAGUAGAUAUAGCAGGAGAGGUGCAGAAUUUUCCUUUCCCUUACAUCUUAUCUAAUUAAUAAGAUCAUUGGAAUAUCUCUCGAUGUUAGCAAUUCAUGAUUUACCUGCAGUAGUAACAAAAUAAAAAAGUGGUGCAUAUAAAUAUGAUCCACUGCUAAAUCCCCACAAAAGGCAUAGUGAGGACUUCAGCUAUCUGGAUAUCAUUGUUUGAAAAAUGUUUAAUAUCAUAU